AUGGCGGAAGGGGCCAGCCCACUGAAGAAGCGGUCUGUGGUCUCGUCUUUCAUCAUCAAGUAUCCCACAGGGAGUGGAGAUGAGGCCAAACCCAUGGUGGCCCUUUUCAAGAGGAGCGACAAAGUCAACACGUACAAGCACCAUCUUGCGCCAAUUUCAGGUGGCAUUGAAACUGACGACGCUUCGCCGCUGGCUGCUGCCUGGCGCGAGCUGCUUGAGGAGACCACCCUGACGCCGAAAACUCUAGAGCUGAUCCGUCAGGGAAAGAGCUAUACCUUCAGUGACCCGUCUGUUGGUCGAGAAUGGACAAUCUACCCGUUUGCCUAUCAGCUGAAGGCACCGGACUCUGCGAUCCAGAUCGACUGGGAGCAUGAGGAUUGGGGGUGGUUUGACCCUACGGAUGUCGAGGACUCGGCCAAAUUCGGCGGCGUGCCCCAUCUGGCCGAAAGCCUCCGCCGUGCCUGGUUUGAAAAGGACCUCGGUGGCUAUCCAGGUAGCGCUGGUGCUAUCUUGACGAAUGGACUGCACCGGCUUGGGAGCGACUAUCAAAGCGGAGCCCGCGAGUUGGCUACCACUGCCCUGAGCACGCUGAAGGACGUUGUCCAAGCACUGGACAUGUCCGAGCUGCAGCCGCUGCAACCAAUGUCAUCUUCCUCGGUAGAUCGCUGGUGGGCGCUGGUUCGUAUGGCGGCGUGGAACAUCUGGAAGAAUGGCCGUGAGAGUAUGGGCGCGGCCAUUCUGAGCACGCUCUUGGGCGCGCUGGGGGGCAUAGAGGACAUGCUGCAGAACUUCCGCACACAGUCUGACACCGUGGACUUGAAAUUGAGUAGCCUGCGAAAUGCAGCCGUGGGCGAGCUUGAUCGGCGUCUCGAGCUUAGAACCUCUGCCUUGUCGGCUCAGCCGGUGGCCGAUGCGUUGGGACAAUACCUUAAACAGAACUUCCCGGCUGGUUCUACACUGUCGAUCCUGACCCUUUCAGAGAGUUCGACGAUCACGCAGUCGUUGCGCUGUUUGCUGUCACGGUCUCACUUUGCGUCCAUUGAAAUCCGCGUGCUUGAAUCCCGCCCUCUGUUUGAAGGGGUAUCGCUUGCAGCUACGCUCGUCCGCCACAUCAGGUCCGAGACUAACCAGCGAGGAGCUGAAGCUAAUAUAACCGUCUAUACGGACGCCAGUGCGGCACUGGCAGCCCACGGCGUCAAUAUUGUCUUGCUGGGGGCAGACCGCAUCGCCUCUUCGGGUGCUGUCAGUAACAAGACGGGCUCACUUCCAGCUGUCCUGAGCGCCAAGCAGCCCGGAUCCACUUCAAAAGUGAUUGUGCUGGGGGAGACCGAAAAAAUAGCUCCUCCCGGCGAUCCGCAUCAGCAUGUGAUAGAAAACAACGAGCCCACACAACUGACACGAGCGUGGCAUGACAGGUCGAACAGCAAGCGCGUGCAGGAUGCAGCAGGCGUUCUGGAAAACGCCGCAGCUUCUCCGUCCGGCUUGUGUGCUGUCGAGGUACAGGUGCAAAACAUCUUCUUUGAGUGGGUUCCGCCUGAGUUGAUCGACAAAUAUGUGACCGAGCUCGGCGUCUGGGCGGUGCACGACAUCAGCCAACGCUCAACAUUGCUAAAUGCGGAAAAGGAUCGAAUAUUCGGGACCGGCCAGACUAUCAAUGGCUUCGGCUCCGCUCGCACUAUUGUGCUAGGCCUUGCAAGAAUUCUCUUUGCCAGUCUCCCUGUCGCCUCUGUCUCUGCGAGCCCGCUGCCAUACUUGCGUAGAGGUGUCCCGAACUCUCUUGAAACAGACGACCGGGGUGAUGUCGAACCCGAAUCGGAGCUCUGGGUGCUCUACCUCGCCUCGGCUGUCCUCGUCCUGCUGGGUGGUGCCUUUGCUGGCCUGACUAUUGCAUUGAUGGGACAAGACAGCAUCUACCUGCAGGUACUUUCACGCGAUGAGACCGAGCCCCAACAGAAAAACGCGAGACGAGUCUACGACCUUUUACAGCGCGGCAAACACUGGGUCCUAGUGACGUUGCUUCUGUCCAAUGUCAUUGUCAACGAGACGCUCCCUGUCGUGCUCGACCGCUGUCUCGGAGGUGGUGUGGCUGCAGUCGUGGGAAGUACACUGCUGAUCGUGGUAUUCGGUGAGGUCUUGCCUCAGUCAAUCUGUGUCCGUUAUGGGCUACAGAUCGGCGGUGUCAUGUCCAAGCCUGUGCUCGCCCUAAUGUGGCUAAUGGCACCGAUUGCAUGGCCCACGGCUAAGGUGCUGGACCGUGCUCUCGGCGAGGACCAUGGAACCGUUUACAAAAAGAGCGGGUUGAAGACGCUGGUGACGCUGCACCGGUCUCUCGGCGAUGUUUCGCAGAGAUUGAACCAGGAUGAGGUGACCAUUAUCAGUGCAGUGUUGGAUCUGAAGGAGAAGCCCGUUUCCAGCGUCAUGACCCCAAUGGAGGAUGUCUUUACCAUGUCUGAAGAUACCGUCUUGGACGAAAGCACGAUGGACCUGAUCCUUUCUGCUGGCUACUCCCGCAUUCCUAUCCACGAGCCUGGCAACCCAAGCAACUUCGUCGGCAUGCUCCUUGUCAAGAUUUUGAUUACCUACGACCCUGAAGACAGCAAAGUUGUCAGCGAGUUUCCGCUUGCAACGCUUCCAGAGACGCGCCCGGAGACGAGCUGUCUAGACAUUGUCAAUUUCUUCCAGGAGGGCAAGUCGCACAUGGUGCUCGUAUCGCAAUAUCCCGGCGAGGACCAUGGAGCCCUGGGAGUUGUCACUCUGGAGGAUGUUAUCGAGGAAUUGAUUGGAGAGGAAAUCAUUGACGAGUCCGACGUUUACAUUGACGUUCACAAGGCUAUCCGCCGCCUGCAGCCUGCUCCGCGCGCCCGUCCCAAUCGCCACCUGCCUUUGGGUGGGGAGCUGGGCGGCUCCGCUUCGGCAAACGAAGCGACAGUGGUUAUUGGCGCCGGUGGUAAUUCUAACCAGCUUCAACAGACGCCGGAACAACGCGCCUCCCCUGCCGUAGACGCGCAAGUUCUCUCAACCAGCCCCAAGGCGACCAUGUUUAUGCUGCGGCGCUGCUCAACGGGCGAUGGCCGCAUGACACAGUCCACAGUCCCUGUUCGCACCAACAUUGACGAGGUGUGGCAGCAUCUGCGCCACCUCGGACCUUCCAACCGGGCCAACAACCCAAAGAACACCCGGUCGACGACGGUCAAGAUUAAGACGGCGAUUGCCGCACCCCGGAUUGCUUCUACUCCGGGCGUUAGGUUGAAUGUAAACUUGCUUGAGGGCGGCCAGGAACAUGAAGAGCAUGACGACGAAGACUACGACGAGACGACUCAUCUUCUCGGCCCAAAGCACCACACAAGCGACAGCGACGAGGCGCGCACUUCUUUACAAAGCUAUGGCACUCGGGGUGUUGUGAGCGGACAGGAAGCUGCAUCCGAGGACAAGGAGCCUUCCUUGACCGCCACUGUCGAUACAGACAGCAGCCAGGGGAAGCCCGCGGUGGGGGCGGAGCUGCAGCGUGCCUCAAGCAGCGACGGUGGCGAAAUAGACGUUAGCGAUACUGCUGCGACCGAAAGUGCAGGACAGUCUGGCUCGGAGAAUGCCGGACACGAAAACGGAAGUGGAAGUGGCAGCGCCACCGGCGUUCUAAUUUCGGUGUCUGAUCACAGCACCGUUAUUUCUUGCCGGCCGAUUGUGCGCAGUGGCAGUAUUACGGAGAAUAUCAUCGAAACUAGGGGCAUUCGAAAAGUGGUUUUGGAAACGAACAGCUCGGCAGAAGAAGACGAUGGUGUCAGAAGACAUAGCGGGCAACAACACCACCGUGACAUCAGCUUGCACAGUCCGACAGUGGCAGAUGCCGUGGUGUUGGAUGCGAACAAGGGGGUCAGCCAUGGCGAAGAGGAAUCCGAGCCAGGCGCAUCUUCUAGACCAGCAAGCAAGAGCCCAUUGGCGGAGGUGUCCAAGAAAGACACCAGCAGUUCUGCGGCGAAGAAGAAGACUCGCCGUAAAAAGAGAAAAGCCAACAAGUAA